AUGGGUUUAAUAAUUUCUAAUAAUCGGCAAAAUCUCGCCAGUCCGCUAAUAAUUAUUCUCCCACUAACUUCUUUAAAAGAAGGAAGCAAGGUUUAUUCCUUUGAGGUGGAAACUUUUAUUAAUAAUCAGUCAGGCAAAAUAUUGGUUGACCAAAUUACUACAACUGAUAAAGUGAAAAGGAUAGGAAAGUUUGUCGGUCAAUUAGACGAAAAAUUAAUGUUAAAAGUAGAGCGGGCUAUUUGUUAUGUAUUGGCUAUUUCCACGGAGGCAUUAGCGGAGGAGCUGAAAGAAAGGCAGAAAAAAAUAAUUGGAUAA